AUGGCGAGCCCCGGCCCAGGUUCGCGGUGCCCGCUGCUGGAGCAGCGAGCUCGGUGGGAGCGGAAACGAGCGUGCACCGCCCGGGAGCUGCUGGAGACCGAGCGGCGCUACCUGGAACAACUGGAGCUGGUGGCUACGUACUUCUUGGGGAUCCUGAAAGCCAAGGGGACCCUGCGACCUCCAGAGCGCCAGUCUCUGUUUGGGUGCUGGGAGCUCAUUUAUGGCGCCAGCCAAGAGCUGCUUCCCUACCUGGAAGGAGGACACUGGGGACGGGGCCUGGAAGGCUUCUGCACCCACCUGGAGCUCUAUGUCCAAUUCGCUGCCAAUGCAGAGAGGUCCCAGACCACCCUACAGGAGCAGCUGAAGAAAAACAAACGUUUUCGGAAAUUUGUGAGACUGCAGGAAGGCCGCCCACAGUUUGGAGGCCUUCAGCUACAGGACCUGCUGCCUCUGCCUCUGCAACGGCUCCAGCAGUAUGAGAAUCUCGUCGUUGCUUUGGCUGAAAACACAGUUCCCAACAGCCCUGACCACCAACAGCUCACACGGGCUGCUCGGCUGAUAAGUGAGACUGCCCAGAGAGUCCACACCAUUGGCCAGGAACAGAAGAAUGACCAGCACCUACGGCGUAUCCAGGCUUUGCUCAGUGGACGCCAGGCAAAGGGGCUCACCUCAGGACGCUGGUUCCUGCACCAGGGCUGGUUGUUGGUGGUGCCUCCCACAGGGGAGCCCCGGCCACGCAUGUUUUUCCUCUUCUCUGAUGUGCUUCUCAUGGCCAAGCCCCGACCCGCCCUGCACCUGCUGAAGAGUGGCACCUUUGCCUGCAGGGCCCUGUACCCCAUGGCUCAGUGUCAACUCUGCAGGGUCUUUGGCCACUCAGGAGGUCCUUGUGGCGGACUGCUCAGUCUGUCCUUCCCCAAUGAGAAGCUACUGCUUAUGUCCACAGACCAGAAGGAGCUGUCCCACUGGUACCAGAGUCUGGCUCUGGCUAUCAGCAGCCAGAAGAACUAAAAGAAGCUACAAAUUCCAAAAUUCAGGACACUUCAGGGAUAGGUCAGAGCCAAGAGUACAAAUGGGUCUUCGAACAAAGUGAGAAUUUCUCAUGACCUUUCCUAGUUUCAGAAGAUCAUUUUUGUUUGCCAAGCUUCUCUGAGUCAUCACACCAACUCUUAAGAAUUAGGAAAUCAGCCAGGUGUGAUGGCACACACCUUUAAUCCUAGUAAUCGAGAGGCUGAGACAAGAGGAUCACUGAGUUCAAGGCCAGCCUGGGCUACAUAAGGGAGUUCAAAGCUAACCAGCACUACAUAGUAACACCCCCAAAAAAACAAAAGAAAGAAUUAGGAAAUCAAUUGUGAUCCAACUGAACAUAAGCUGAACCAGCCUCUCCAACAUAGGAGCUUUGGGACUGAUAAGCUCAUGCUAUCUAUGGCCAGCUGUUUAUGAAGACUGCAAUUUUGAAAAUGUGACUAUUUUUAUGUGGUGGUGUAAUUUAUUUUCCCCUGGAUUUUAAUAAAAUAAUCUUUCUGUCUGA